CACGGACGCCACGACUGACACAAGCCGGAGUGCAUCUUUUUUGGAAAAGCAUUCGCCAGCAGCCCUGCGAGUGUCGUGGCCCGGAUCCCACCCGCAGACGCUCGCUCGGCGGGCAUGUUAUCCGCCUCAUCCCCCCUCCUCCUCCCCUCGUUGAACGCGUACUAUAAAGCCGCUCCACUUCCGGCCGAGGGUGUCAAAGUCGCUGUCAGGCGAGGAGGACUCACAGCCCCAGGAAGUCCGCACUAAGUCGCGCCGACUGGAACUAAACAUUAUUAUUUUUUUUUUUUUUUAAAAGGACAUAUUGACAGCGUCAAAACGACACAAAAGGAAGGAUCAAGAUGUCGGCAGUGAGAACAACCAGCAGGAAACCACUUUGGCGUUUUUAACUAAGGACCGACGAGUGUGAGACGCGUCCUCAUCCGCUACAUUCCACACAGUUCUUUCCUGGUCUAGCUGGCCAAUGCCGGCCCCGUCGUGGACGUCUGGCGGCGGUCACAGCAGUAAUCGUGUGAGAGCGGUGCCCGCCGCCUAGCCCAUGAUGCCGUCAUCCACACGGAAAGGCGUGCCAAAGGACCCCGAGCUGGCCGAGCUCUUCUUCAAGGAUGACCCCGAGGAAGUCUUCUGCGACCUGCACGAGAUCGGACAUGGCAGCUUCGGGGCCGUCUACUUUGCCCGUAACUCUUAUUCCAACGAGGUGGUGGCCAUCAAGAAGAUGUCCUACAAUGGCAAGCAGACUACUGAGAAGUGGCAGGACAUUAUUAAGGAGGUCAAGUUUUUGGGACAGCUGCGGCACCCAAACACCAUCGAAUACAAAGGAUGUUACCUGAAGGACAACACUGCCUGGCUGGUGAUGGAAUAUUGUUUGGGUUCUGCAUCAGACUUACUCGAAGUUCACAAGAAGCCGCUCCAAGAGGUGGAAAUCGCUGCCAUUACCCAUGGUGCCUUGCUGGGACUCGCUUACCUUCAUUCCCAUAAUAUGAUUCACAGAGACGUGAAAGCCGGAAACAUCCUGCUGACCGAGCUGGGACAGGUCAAACUGGCCGACUUUGGCUCCGCCUCCAUUGCCUCACCCGCCAACUCCUUUGUGGGGACACCUUACUGGAUGGCCCCAGAAGUGAUAUUAGCCAUGGACGAGGGUCAGUACGAGGGGAAGGUGGACAUCUGGUCCCUGGGGAUCACCUGUAUCGAAUUAGCGGAACGUAAACCGCCCUUGUUCAACAUGAACGCCAUGAGUGCCUUAUAUCACAUCGCACAGAACGACUCCCCCACUCUGCAGUCCAAUGAGUGGUCCGACCCUUUCCGAAGCUUUGUGGACUACUGCCUACAGAAAUUUCCUCAGGACAGACCCUCGUCAGGGGAGCUGCUAAGACAUGAUUUUGUGCGGCGAGAGCGCUCGCCGAGGAUUCUCAUGGACCUGAUCCAGAGGACCAAGGAUGCGGUGCGCGAGCUGGACAACCUGCAGUACCGCAAGAUGAAGAAGAUCCUCUACCAGGAGAAGCACAACGGACCCAUGGGGGAGAGCCAGGAGGACGAGGAGGACAGCGAGGCGGCCAGCUGCAAGAUGAACAGCCUGGGCAGCAACCACUCGGUGCCCAGCACAUCGGUCAGCACGGGCAGCCAGAGCAGCAGCGUCAACAGCAUGCAGGAGGUGCUGGACGACAGCUGCUCCGACAUGACCAUGAUGCACCCCCAGGACUACGGCAGCACCCUGGAUUCCUCGCCGCAGGCCAAGAAGGACCACCAGUACAACUGGGACGAGGGCAUCCACAGGGACCACCGGCUGACCUCCUUGGACAAGAGCAGCCAGGCCCAGAGCUACAAGAACCAGGGCCGCUUUGCCACCAUCAAGUCCGCAUCCCUGGUGACCAAGCAGAUCCAUGAGCACGAGCAGGAGAGCGAGCUGCGCGAGCAGAUGUCGGGCUACAAGCGCAUGCGGCGGCAGCACCAGAAGCAGCUGAUCGCCCUGGAGAACAAGCUGAAGGCCGAGAUGGACGAGCACCGCCUGAAGCUGCAGAAGGAGGUGGAGACGCAGGCCAACAACGCCUACAUCGAGCUGGAGAAGCUGGCCAAGCGCCACGCCGUGCACAGCGACAAGGAGAUGAAGACCACGUUGACGGACGAGAAGAAGUUCCAGCAGCAGAUUGUGACGCAGCAGAAGAAGGAGCUGACCACCUUUCUGGACAAUCAGAAGAAGCAGUACAAACUCUGCAAGGAGAAGAUUAAGGAGGAGAUGAGCGAGGACCACAGCACGCCCAAGAAGGAGAAGCAGGAGCGCCUGUCCAAGCACAAGGAGAACAUGCAGCACUCGCAGGCGGAGGAGGAGGCCCACCUGCUGUCCCACCAGAGGGUCUACUACGACAGGAACUGCCGCGCCUUCAGGCGCAGGACUAUGAUCAAGAGGCACGACCAGGAGCAGGAACAAAUACGAGAGGAGCUGAACAAGAAGAAGACCCAGAAGGAGAUGGAGCACGCCAUGUUGAUCCGACACGACGAGUCCACGCAGGAGUUGGAGCAGCGGCAGCUCAGGACGCUCCAGAAGCUGCGCAUGGACCUGAUCCGCCUGCAGCACCAGACCGAGCUGGAGAACCAAAUCGAGUACAACAACCGACGCGAGCGGGAACUCCACCGCAAGCACGUGAUGGAGCUCCGGCAGCAGCCCAAGAACCUCAAAGUGCUGGAGAUGCAGAUCAAGAAGCAGUUCCAGGACACGUGCAAAGUGCAAACCAAGCAGUACAAAGCGCUGCGCCAUCACCAGAUGGAGGUGACGCCCAAAGCUGAGCACAAGACCGUACUCAAGGCGCUAAAGGACGAGCAGACGCGCAAACUCGCCAUCCUGGCCGAGCAGUACGAGCAGAGCAUCAACGAGAUGAUGGCCUCGCAGGCGCUGCGUCUGGACGAGGCGCAGGAGGCGGAGUGUCAGGCGCUGAGGCAGCAGCUGCAGCAGGAGAUGGAGCUGCUCAACGCCUACCAGAGCAAGAUCAAGAUGCAGACGGAGGCUCAGCACGAGCGUGAGCAGCACAAGCUGGAGCAGAAGGUGUCGCUGCGACGUGCACACCUGGAACAAAAGAUCGAAGAGGAGCUGGUUUCCCUUCAGAAGGAGCGCACCGACCGCAUCAAACACCUGCUGGAGCGCCAGGAGCGCGAGAUCGACGCCUUCGACAUGGAGAGUUUGCGGCUGGGCUUUGGCAACCUGGCCGCCAUGGACUUCGCCAAAGACGACUACAGAUGAGAGGCCGAGCGUGAGAGCGCCCUCUAGUGGGCCGACAGGAAGUGACCUCACCCUCCUUACCCCCUCCCUCAUCCAGGGACGACCUCCUCUUGUGGCGUAUCCUGACAGGAGGCGGGGCCGAGCAGAGUCACUUCCUGUUGACUUUUUUUUAGGACCAAUGAGACACUUUGGUGUACAUAAGAGAUGUAAUGUGAUUACUCGCAGCACUGGCAGCCAAUGUGAAUAUUAAUAAUAAUAAUGAUGAUGAAGUUGUCGCACAAAAGGGCUUCAUGUGAGGGAGGGGGCGGGGCUUUGUAAGGAAGGAUUUAUGGAGAGCUUUUAUGUAUUUUCAUAUUCUAUUUUAAAUCUCACGCCAAAUUUCUCUUUAUUGUCCCCUCUGCUAAAAGUGACUCCAUCAUCACUUUUUUUAACACUCUUCUUAUGAUGAUGAUGAUGAUGACGUCAUUGCAUGCACUUUAAUCACAUCCCCUCGCCCCCCCGUUUAAGAGAAAAGCAUGGAUGUGUUUAAAAGCUUUUAAUUAUAUUUGUAAAUAAAGUGCUGAUGACACAA